GGGAGGCUGUGGUCAGUGAAGUAGAUUGGGUUUGGGGAUAUGACCAACUUAACUAGAAGGUACUGGACCUCACAGCAAGGCCAUUUGAGGUGCCCUUAGAUUUCAUAAAAAUGGCCCCCCCAUACCAGGGCAGUGCUUAGUGGUUAAGGGGCCGGGGCAGAACUAUAUUCCAUGCUCGCUGUUUAGAGGAGACUUUGUUCUGCUGCUGCUGCGGCUCCAGUCUCCCAGACAAUUUAUAACCCAAAGACGCACAGGUAAGUUCUGAUCUCUCACCUUUAUUACGGCUAGCCCCGCCCCUGCCCCAUCUGAAGUGCCCAACCCCAAACCAGUUUUAUCCAGCUGAUUACACACACACACACCUCUUAUAAUAAAUGACGCUCAGCCAAUUAUUGGGACCCGUGCCCAGGGGUGCUAGUACUGGGAAGGGUUGUUUAUGGGCACCACGUGCUCUACCCCAUGGAUUUGCUAGGAGGUUAUAGAUUAUCAAUGCAGCCAAUGGGAGUAAGGACGGGCAGACUGCUAGCCAAUUAGGCAUGGAGUGGGUGUGCCAGGCUGUGGAUAUUUAAACAGACAGUUACUGUAUGAUCUGCACAUUGGCACGUCUGCCUGCUGUUAGUGAGGAGCUGGGAUAUAAUGUCGGACUCUGAUAUCCUGUCCCCGGCGCUGCUCACUGCAGGGGUUGCGUGUAGCAUGCUGCUUCUGCUCAUCCUAUUGGUUUUACUGUUCCUGUAUCGCAGACACCCCCAACUGUGGCAACAGCUCUGCUCAAAAACAAGCCAGAACCCUAGCCAACCUCCGGCAUUUUCCCAGUGCACCCAAAGAAGUAUCUUGGAAGACUCGCCAGGGGGUGAAUUUUGGAUACAGGGCAAUCAGGUCUUCUGUGUGGGCUCCCCUAACAGUUACCAGCUCCCAAGCUAUGAGAGCCUCCAGGAGAAAGCUGGCCAAACCUCUAACUGCACUGGCCCAGAGAAGCCGGGCAUGCUACCGUGCAACCGAAUGGAGUCUCCUCCAAGUUACGAGCAAGCAACAUUGAUGCCACCUCCCUGCUACAUAGAUGCAUCUGGGAGAAUUCAUCAGCCUCCACCUAUGCUGCCAGCUAGCCCUUCUCAGCUUGAUGUGUAGAGAACAUGCUCAGGAGAAAACAUGGAUGACUUAUAGGAGGGCCGCGCAGUCAGCCUUGACCCCUAGAUUCCCAGUGGACAAGAUGGAGCUCUAGGGAGACACCAGAGUUGCUGCUCCAGUGUGAGUACAGCCAGGAAGAGUAGCCGAUUGCAGAGCAGGCUGACCCCUGAUCUUAACUGAACUCUUGCGCCUGUGGGGAAGUAUGGAGAACCUGUGGUGCAGGGCAUCAUUGUGUUAUACUGUGUCAUAUAAGUGAGGGGGGGGCGUUAUGCAGGUACACAGGCAGCCAAUCAGCAGUUUGGUAUGCUGGAGAAAUGAAAGGAAACAUUUUCGAUUUGAUGCUGCUACCAUGCUAGGGAAAUCUGCAUAACAUGUUACAUACAUAUAUGUUAGAUACAUUGCAUGUGAACAAUGAUCUAAUAUGUAUUAUGAAAUAAAACUCUGUUCAUUGCUUAACUACAUUUCCCAGCAGCCCCCCCAGAAACUCUAAGACAUGGUUGGAGUAGUAGUUCAAAACCUGCUUUAACAUCCCCUUGUUGUAAAACAUCAGGAGUAAUUAGACGUGCAAAGAAGCAUGUUAAUUUAAUAAAGAUAUGUACAAAAACAA